AUGACUGGCAGAUCAUUCCACAGUUGUGGAACAGCUCCUGAGAAGAAGGAAGCAAAAUCAUCAGCCAUUAAGUCGGUUGAAGGUGAGGGACCAGGGGGACAAAGAAGAGUAGAGAAGGUAUUGAAGAGAGUGUUAGAGUCAGAGAAUGUAGCACGUCGAGGAACAGCUAUACAGCCAUCCACAUAUUCCACCUUUGUAGCUCAAAAUGCCAUAGAUGGUAAAAGAUAUGGAUCAGGUGAAGCCGCAUACUGCUCCAUUACUGGAUCUGUAUUGAGUCCAUGGUGGAGGUUGGAUCUUCAGUAUAUUUAUGAGAUUGGCACAGUAAUCAUCACUGAUAGAUCAGACGGUCUUCCUGAUCAAACCAAUGGAGCAGAGAUUCGAAUUGGAAACUCCCUGGAAAACAAAGGGAACAACAAUACCAGAUGUGCUAUAACUUCAGGUUUUCUUCGUGGUCAAACUAUCAGUUACUCAUGUAAUGGGAUGGAGGGACGCUAUGUGAAUGUGGUCAUGACUGGACGUACAUCUCAUCUCUCUCUUUGUGAAGUGGAGGUCUAUGGAAAACGUAAUUUUUAA